UAUUGACGCUGGAUGACCGCUUUGUUUAUUGGAAAUGAAAAACGUUUAUCCUCGCUAAUCCGGGACCUAAAACUAUACGGAAAUUUUAUAGAACAUCCAUGAACCUCACGGGGGUAAACUUUUCGUCUGGUUUGGUGAGAGAUACGCAGUGGAGCUAUUCCUGGAAACUUUUAGUGUUUGUGUCUGUAUUUCUGUGCAUAUUUCUGGUGAUCGGUGUGACAAAUGGACUCUUGUUCAUACACUACAGAAAAAGAACAAUUAAGCUUCUGGAUGUAUUUCUUUUAGUCAUAUACAUAGAAAUAACAAACCUUUGUUCCAUUCUAUCCUUGGUUCUUCUGUUAUUUGAAUCUGUAAGCCAGUAUUCUGAUUUAGUGAGAAGUUUGUCUUUCCCUUUCCUUAUAAAUUGUUUCUGUCUGACUCAAGUUAUAAUUCUAAGACUGACUCGCCUUGAUGUUAGACCGAUUCAAUAUAAUGGAAUUAAAUGUGUUCUUCUCACUACCUGCGGUAUGAUAUUAUUGGCUAUAACUCUCCAAAUCCUAAAAUCUAUUACCUGUUUUGACAUGAAUUUGAUGACUCUAUCGGAUAUAUUUUUUAUUUGUUACGCGUUCUAUCAUAUGAUAUGUUUUAUUUUGAGUGCUCCAAAACUUUCCAAAUACACAAAAGAAUUAAGAAAUGUCAAGCGUGAAAUUAGCAUUCAUACGCUAUCAAAAAGAAAUUAUUCUUCGCGCGAGUCUUCUAUGAAGCGCGUAAAAGCCCCUCGUCUAAGAAAUUGCGGGAACUUGGUGAAAUUAGUCAGUGACUCAGAAUCUUCUGAAUGUUUGACAGAACAAACCAAGUCAUCGACCGUGGAAUACAGCACCUGUAGACAUAUCUCACUUUACAGAUGGGUUUCUAAAUCGUCGGCAUGUAAUUUCACAAAAGAAGAAUGUAAAUAUGAAAGUGUCAAACGAACGUCAGACACAAAUUUAUUCGACGAGCUCAAUGGCGAAUCUUUUGCUUUGAGGAAUCAAAGGGACUGUGAGGGAAUACCCAACUGCAGAAAAGGUCAUAGGUCAAUGUCAUUUCCCCGAGAAGGAUCGGAUUCUGCACCAUUAACUCUAAAAAUUCCACGAUCUUGUUGCAAUUUGCAUAAAUCUGAUACUUUGGGUGUUAAUGAUCUAGAAUUUAAACACAACAUUAGCCCUGCUUCAUCUAAUAGUUCAGGAAUAACAAGAAUUAGUAGACGAAAUCUAGGUAGUGGUUACGUAGCAGAUAGUGAAGUUAUUAGUAUGAAUUCUGAUUGUAGCGACAAAAAUCAACCUUUGGAACUUCUGUUCCCAUCUGCCAUCACCUUACCGAAUUCUCUAUCAUUCCUGAGUUUUUAUCGCGUUCAACAAGGUCGUCUUCUUCACAGACUGUUGUACCUUUGUUAUACUUUAACAGUUGUACUCUGUGUUGCUUCUCUAAUCAAAGUGUGCCGUGUAUACAAUUUCUGGAAGCAGAAAAUAAAUGAGGAUAUUCAGAAACAGUUGACAUUACGAUUUUUUGACAGGAUGACAGAUGCUUGUGUUGUCCUGCUCACAACCAGCGCAGUUCGUUUGGUGGUUCAGCACCGAACAAAUCGCAGACGGAAGACUGACACGUCAAAGACAGAAACUAACAGCGUCACGUGAUUCUGCGUUUCGCUUCUUACAGUAAUAAAUGUGUCUAUUUCAUGUAGUAAAUCAAUCUCUUUUUGUUGGAUGUGAGGGUUUAAUUAUUAAAAAAGCCGACUUACAAA